UGUGGCAUGAUCAGGGCACACUUUAGUUGUUGAGAAGAUACGCCUAUUUGACAGCUUAGUGAAUCAAGGCCCUAGAGGACAACGCAAGCUUCGCAAGACUCAAGACAUCAUAUAUCUCUACUGGAUUGCUGUGCUUACUAAAGAGCCUCUUUAAAGCGUAUCGCCGUGCAAACCCUCACGGGUGUCAAUCUUUUCACACAACUUUCAUAAAACUCACUUCGAUAUAGUAAACUAUGGCAGACCUAGAGAAGCUCAGACAAGAAGCUGAGAACCUGAGAAGAAAGAUCAGGGAUGGUCGUAUGGCUGUAGCUGACACCACGCUGGGAGAGGUGGCAGCUGAUGUGCCUGCAAUCGGUCGAGUUAGUCUCAGGACUCGGAAAACGUUACGUGGUCAUCUGGCCAAGAUCUAUGCCAUGCAUUGGGCGUCUGACUCUAGGAAUCUAGUGAGUGCCUCUCAGGAUGGUAAACUGAUUGUCUGGGAUGGUCACACAACCAACAAGAUCCAUGCCAUUCCAUUGAGAUCCAGCUGGGUGAUGACGUGUGCCUAUGCCCCGUCUGGAAGCUUUGUUGCUUGUGGUGGACUGGACAACAUCUGCUCCAUUUACAGUUUGAAGACUCGGGAGGGCAACGUCAGAGUGAGCAAAGAGCUGCAAGGUCACACUGGCUACCUCUCUUCUUGUCGGUUCCUCGAUGACUCCAGAAUCCUCACCUCCUCUGGUGACAUGACCUGUGCCCUCUGGGAUAUAGAGUCUGGACAGCAAGUCACCUCCUUCACUGGACACACAGGAGACGUUAUGAGCCUCUCUCUCGGCCCGGAUCAGAACACAUUUGUGUCUGGAGCUUGCGACUCUUCAGCCAAGCUGUGGGAUGUACGAAGUGCUGUGUGCCGACAAACAUUCACUGGGCAUGAGGGUGACAUCAAUGCAGUCUGCUACUUCCCCAACGGUCAGUCCUUUGCCACUGGCUCUGAUGAUGCCACCUGUAGGUUGUUUGACAUCAGAGCAGACCAGGAGCUGAUGAUGUACUCUCACGACAUGAUAGUGUGUGGCAUCACAUCCGUGGCAUUCUCCAAGAGCGGUCGCCUGCUAUUGGCCGGCUACGACGACUUCAACUGCAACGUCUGGGAUACCCUCAAGGGAGACAGAGUGGGAGUCUUAACUGGCCACGAUAACAGAGUCAGCUGUCUCGGAGUGUCUGAGGACGGCCUUGCCAUUGCUACCGGGUCUUGGGAUUCAUUCCUCAAGAUCUGGAAUUAGGACCGGGAGAGAGGGACCUAAAACUUUGUCUAGUACCAUUACACAUAUAGUUCUGUUCUGUUCUGCAGCUGCAGGAUCAUUGUAUAAUACUGUAUACAUGUGUUGCAUAUAGAUAGCUCUUGUGUACACAUUAAUUUUAGUUAAGUUUGUUUACUUCAAAAUUUUGUUGUUUGACUAAUUUUAAACUUAUUGUUCCUUUUAUAUGUUGUAAGUAAUUCGAUUGUGUGUGUGCUAGUUUGUUUGCGGUAGGAGUGACGUUAUAAUUUCUUUUUGCUUUGCUGUAUAAACCCUGAACUGACAACAUCUUAUUAUUGCA